CAUGUGAUAAGUCGGUGCAGGAAUCUUUUCGUUAAUUACGCUGCGAAUUGUGCCCAUAACAAGUGCUAGUUGUGUCGUACCAAACGCUCGUGAUCGAACGCAAUGGGCAAACGGCAUCGUGAAUACCGGGACGACGGGGGUUCCUCUACCGAGUCGAACGACGACGCGCAGACCACGUCGAAGCUGAACGGUGGGGAAGUGUGCAACCACAUCACCAAAGCGCAGAUCGACCUGGCCACCGUGCGGAAGAGUAUAAAAACGAGCGGUUUCGAUAAGUUCUGCACCAGGUGCACGCAGGAACCGAGGGUGCAUCUUCCGGAGACCACCAGCAUAGGAGCGAACUUCGAUCUGUGGCUGUGCCUAAAGUGCGGUUCCCAGUUAUGUGGACGGGACAAAAAUGAGCAUGCCAUCCAGCACUUUACCCAGUUCGAAGAGCACUCGCUUGCUCUGAACACAACCACGUUCGAUGUGUGGUGUUACAGCUGCAGCGUCAAGGUAGAUCCGAAUGUUAAGUCGAAGUUGCUCGAAAUUGUGAGAUUUGCCAAGGGAGAAGUGGUCAAGCAACAAAAUUCGAACGGGGCGCAGAGUGUGGAUGAAAAGCUGCAGCUAUCGACCGAAUCGGUGCGCAAAAUGGUAAUCGAUGUGCUUCAGUCGACGCCGGUUGUUGGCAAUACCUCGACGGAUGUGCCCAACCCAACGAAACAUGCUAGUAGCAGCAGCAAUCAAAAGCAGGACAAUCGAGGCAGUUCCAUCGAUGGCGUACUCACCAUUUCAUCACCGUCGACUAAGGAUACGCAAGGCUCUUCGAUUGCGAUUCCUGCCAAAUCGUUCUCGAUCGAUUCGUUGCCUCGGGUGCGUGGCCUGUCGAAUCUGGGAAAUACUUGCUUUUUCAACGCCGUACUGCAGUGUCUGGCCCGCACCCCAUACCUGCUAACCAUCCUGAAGCAAUCCGUGGUCGAAGGAGGAAAAGUUCACAUCCCCGGUGGUGUACUGAAGCUCGAGGAUGGAGAAAUCGAGCUGCCAUCGAUCGACGGGGAGCUGGGAGCUUGGCGUAGCCUUACGGGGGCACUUGCCGACAUACUGGCCCAGCUGUCGGAUAGUGCGACGGGUGUCAUUUCACCGAAGCGCCUGCUGUCUGAGUUGACCACCAAAUGGCCCCAGUUUGCGGGAGGCCAACAGCACGACUCCCACGAGCUGCUACGCCAACUGCUCGAAAGCGUGCGCACCGAGGACGAGAAGCGCUAUACGGCACUUAUCAUGAGCACGCUAAAACCGGGUCGGCGGAACAGCGACGAUGCCCGGGACGAAACUCUGAAGGCUAAGGUACGCUUUUACGGUGACCAGAUCUCCCAGGGCGGCUUGCGUCCGGAGCAAAUAUUUCGUGGUUCGCUCGUGUCGACGCUUACCUGCCAGGAUUGUCACCAUACGUCGUCGAGACACGAAUACUUCCUCGACAUCUCGCUGCCGGUGUGCGUGGAUAAACCGCAGCCACCGGCGUCGACCGGGGCGGGCGCGCGAACGAAAUCGCUUACCAAAAAGGAACGUUUGCGUGAUAAAAAAGCGAAACGCAUCGCUAAGCAUCAGAAGAAUCGCAAAAAUGUCUCAUCGGAUGCUGCAUGUGGGGACGGUCCGGAAGUGUUCGGCGAAGGGAAUGGCGAUGGGCCACAAAUGGUCCCGCUCACCGACGAUCUUCCGGCGGAUGAUGGAGGAGAUGAUGACCAAUCGUCGGAUGACUCGAACGAACCUUCGGACGCCGACGUUGAGGAUAACGAUGUGACGGACGAUCCACUCUCGAAGGGAGGUGAUGAUGUUGACCAGGUCUUGGUGGUAGACCAGAACGCUAAUCCGUCGCCGGAAAAGAUGGACGAAGCGCCGGAAAAUCAGAACAAAGAGUCAGAGAACGGAGGCGCCAAGGGAACGCGCAUGGUGCGCCAACGCACGUACAGCCACGCGGAUUGGAGCAACACCAUCGCACCGCGCUACCAAUGUGAGGACGGCGAGUACUCGGUGCAGUCGUGCUUUAACAACUUCACCACCCUAGAACUGAUGACCGGAAACAACAAGGUAUGCUGCGAUGCAUGCACCGAGCAGAUCAACGGCAAAGACGGCAAGUCGGUCAACACGAACGCUACUAAGCAGUUUCUCAUCUCGGUGCCGCCGGCGGUGCUCAUCCUGCAUCUGAAGCGCUUCCAGGUCGGGCCGCGUGGACUCUUCAAGAAGAUCACCAAAGCGGUCACGUUCCCGUUCGUGCUGGACAUUGCGCCGUUCUGUGGCUCGAAAGUAAAGCGUGCGGCACACGUGCGCCCUGGGCAGAAAAAGAUCCUCUACGCACUGUACGGGCUAGUGGAGCACUCCGGGUCCAUGCAUGGAGGACACUAUGUGGCGUACGUGAAAGUACGCCCACCGAUCGAUAGUCACGAUGUACGCUGGAAGUUUAUACCUCAGGGUACCAAGGACGAGCUGGAUCGCAAAUCGGAACAGGAGAUGGCUAAAGAACAGGCGCGCCGAAUGAUGGGGGUGCAGCUGCGCGAUGGCUCUGGCUCGAUUAACGGAACCGCCGAAUCCCCGGAAAAGGCUACCGAAGAUAAUGAACCGCAGCAAGAGGAGGGCGCAGUUGGCUACGGUACGGAGAAACCGCAGGAAUCGAUACCGGAUGUGGAACCGCCGCCCGGCAAGUGGUACUACGUAUCGGACAGUUUCGUUCGCGAAGUGACCGAAGAAAAUGUCCUUAACGUUCAGGCGUACCUUCUCUUCUACGAGCGAAUAUUCUAAAAACAAUGUUCGUGAUUUACUCUUGUUUCCUAUCCGCUUCGCUAUCUUACUAAUACUAUACCAAACUCGAUACACGAAAAACAAAAUUGUUUGACACAAUUCACGUGUUUCUUCUUGACUUUACAUGGGAUAAGAGUACUGGAUGGAAACAAAUGAUUGCACCACUAACCGCUCAUGCUGGAAGGAGAAAUAUGGAAAGGCUUAACGAUCUAGCCCCUUUUAACCUACUACUACUUAAUGAAUAUCUUCUCUCGUUUCGUUUCCUGUGCAACCUGUUUCAAGCUUCUUUCGUGUCUAUAAGUAUGUUUUCCUCGCUCCUUUAGUGCUAGAUGUAUUACCUCGUGGCCCACGUGGCCUAGUUUGUCGAUGAUCAUUGUAUUUCCUUCACGUGAAGU